UAAAACCAAGUGAAAAGCGGUUUUUAGAAGAUCGAAUGUCACUGAAAAGCCACGCAGGCGCGCCAAGGGCUGUCAGAGAAGCAGUCGCGUCUCGCGUCGCGCCUCGCUCGCGCGCCUCCACCUUCGCGACCCCAAUCCUAAGCUCGGGUCUUUAAAAAAAUACAGCUAACAUCAACGUACCACAUCCAACUGUAGGAUCCGCUCCAAACCAACCAACCAAUCCCCGUGAACCAAUGUGCUAGCACGCUGGCAGGGUACGCGCGGCACGCGUACGCGGGCGCGUACCUCUCGCGCCCCGCGGUACCACUUAACGCAAAUGGCGAGCCCAUCAAAUUGCCGGAAAACUUGGAGAGCCUGCCGCGCGCUGAACACUUCGCUGCCCAGAGGCACCGCUGGAACACCAAUGAGGAAAUUGCUGCGAUCCUCAUCAGUUUCGACAAGCAUUCCGAAUGGCAGUCGAAGGAAGUCAAAAUACGGCCAAAAAGCGGAUCAAUGCUGCUAUACAGCCGAAAGAAGGUCCGCUACCGACGGGACGGCUACUGCUGGAAGAAACGGAAAGACGGGAAAACUACCCGGGAAGAUCACAUGAAACUGAAGGUCCAGGGGACUGAGUGCAUCUACGGUUGCUACGUGCAUUCGGCGAUACUACCCACAUUUCACAGGCGGUGCUACUGGCUCCUACAGAACUUCGCUUCACAGAACCCCGACAUAGUGCUGGUGCACUACCUGAACGUGCCGUAUCCUGAUGAUAAUAAGCUGGCGACGGUGGCGCCAUCUCUGGCGCUGUGGGCGGAUAAGAAGGAGUGGACGAAGGAUGAACUCGUCAGUCAGCUUAAGCCUAUGUUCUUCAGCGAAGAUGAGCCCGACAUCAAUAGUGAACUGGAAAUCACAGGCAAAAUGUUUCAGACGGCGGAAACGGUGGAGGCCAUCGUCGGGCAGCUGAUGGAAAAGCAGCGAGCUGCGAGGGCGGCAGCUUUAGCGAGACAACUGGAAUGUGGCUGUCCGGACUCCACUUGCCAAGACUCAAGAACAUGCGUUCAUCCUUUACGCAGAAUCCAAUCUACCAAAGCACCAGCGUCAGACCACCACGUAUCUUCCACAACCGGACCUUCCACAAGACCCAUGUCUCACCCACCUCGACAAUACACCAGAGAACACAGAUCCACUCAACCGACACACAGCGCAUCCCCACUCCUUCUGUCACUAGGACAAAUACAAGGAGGCGGGGGCUUAUUAAUCUUAAACGGAGCAGGCAAUAGCAGUCAACAACAUUCCUCACUAGUCUCACCAUUAUCUGUGACCUCGUUCGUCUGUGAAGAACCCAGAGACAGGUACCGACAUCAGUACAAACCAACGUUUGUAUUGAAGAGGGAAAUUCCCGAUAGCCAGCCGUCUUCGUGUAUCCAGAACACUGAAUCUUCAACGUACGAAAUAGAACCAGUUGAAGAGAAAGUGAAUAUAGAAACUUUUGAUAGGAAAAUUAAAAUGGAGCCGCGGAGUAGGAAUCAAAUGAUCGCGAGUGCUCCUGCGACCCCAUCGAGAUAUCCAGAUUUAGUGGAGCGAUUAGAAAGUAAAAUACUUACUGAUAACUGUGAUGAUACGUUAAUACUGCUCGGUACAGAUGGACAUUUAGGUCCUUCGAGCGCAUUUUUUGAUGAAACGCUAGAACUAUCACAUGAAGACAUACAGAAAACCUUAUCAGCCAAUAUGCCUACAUGUGAACUAGAUAGAAGUGCUGUGAGAGUGACCGAGACUGCUAAUGUUAUGGUAUCAGGUAUCGAUACUAUGGAUUUUAUAGAGAGUUGUGAGGCUGUAGCAUCCCCGACUCAUGUCGUGGAUGAUAAUGUGUUCGUAAAUUUGGAUGCUUUUGAUAUGUUAGGAGACUUUCCGGAACUGGAAGUUUUGGACCCUAGUACGAUAUCGACUCAUCAUUUGCCGAUACGCGGCAAAUCCCCUCCAACCGAAGAAGCCAACGAGAAAAUGCAGACUGAGAGCAGCGAAGGAGCGCUCAGCAUUACCGAUUAUUGCCCGGAAUGGGCGUAUCCCGAAGGCGGAGUGAAGGUGCUCGUAGCGGGACCUUGGACUGACACUUCGGAUCAGUAUACUGUGUUGUUCGACAAUUUUCCUGUCCCGUCGAUAUUGGUGCAGAAUGGACUGCUGAGGUGUUAUUGUCCAGCACAUGAAGCCGGCCUAGCAGCACUCCAAGUCGCUCGUGGUGGCCGAGUGGUCUCCGAUACCGUAGUCUUCGAGUAUAAGGCUGGUCCGGCCACGGCACCAUCCCCUGCGUCCGCUCCUCUGCCAUCGCUGGACUUCAGGCGGUUUUCGCUAUUGCAGCGCUUACAUCGGCUGCAUGGAAGACUGCAGGUCAAGAUUGAACCGAUGGACGAUGGUAAUCAAAUAGAGGACGUGCAGCUUUAUUCCAAUCCUAAGUUCGAAGAGCGACUCGUCUCCUUCUGCCGGAACUUAAGCUCCCGUUCCUCCGGCAACUCGGAGGGCUUCACCACCGAACCUGGCGAAGAAGGUUCCACCAUCCUCCACCUGUCUGCAGCGCUGGGCUUCACUAAACUAACCACGGUGCUGUUGCGGUGGAAGCAAGAUGACUCGAGCUUGGCGCUGGAGAAGGAGGUCAAUUUGGGAGCGAGGGACAGUGAAAACUGUACGCCUUUGAUGGUAGCAAGUGCAGCAGGCCACGUCGAAACAGCCAUCGUACUGGCGCGGUGGAGCGCCGGGACGCUGUGUGAAGCUGGCGCAAGGCAAGCGGCAGCCGCAGCGAGGCGCGCUGGACAUACCCGGCUGGCGGCGUUGCUGGAUCGGAUACACCCACCAACAAGGGAUGGCGUCUUCCUUAGACCUGAUAGUUUAUCGCAAAAGGGUCGCGCUGGCAGCUUGGAGAGUAAUCUAGUGAAGCGACCCUCCAUCGACAGCGGAAUCAAUAUGGCCGAUGCGUUCAGAUCCAGCUCAGCUAUUGACAAGCCUGAUGGAAAAUCUACUGCCAGAUGGGAACGCAGCAUGUCAUUGCCCCUAGACUCCGAUAACUCUGAAGAUAGUCUCCUAGAUUCCAAGAUCGGUCGUCGUAUGGACCUAGCUCUUUGCGAGACCUUGCCGCGGCGCGCGGCGAGCCCCCUCAUAGACGUGGAGGCGCUCUCCGACCCCGAGCCCGAGCCGCCGCCAGCCCCAGGGGAGCAGGAUGACCGGGUAUUCACGUUGGCGGAGCAGAUCAUAGCGGCCAUGCCGGAAAGAAUAAAGAACGAAAGCUCAUCAUUGCUCGGCUGCGGGCUCGACGGUGGUAGUGGCGGGGGCGAGGACACGCUCAUGGUGCCGUUACUUGAUGACAGCACCAGCUUCACCAGCGAUUUCAGCUUUGAGUUCUGCGAUAACACUUACAGGACAUACUGUGGCGGCUCAACCCCAUGCUCGUCCGGCUCCGUAUCUCCAGGCUCAGCGCUUUCCCCACCGCCGCCUUCUCCGCGUGCAUCUUCACUGCCAACCGCACCUUCGGCAACUCUACAGGAGUUCCUAAACGCUACUACACAUUUCUCUAGUCUUACGUUAAACGAUCGCGAGCAACGAGAGCUGUACUCGGCAGCCAUCACAAUCCAGAAAGCAUAUCGCCAGUACCGCGGCCGGCAGCUGCAGCGACGGGCUGCUGCCGCCGCUAUCACGAUACAGAACUGCUAUAGGCGGUACAAACAGUUUGCGUACCUGAAACAAAUGCACUGCGCGGCGACCGUUAUACAGCGUGGUUACCGCUCACACCGCGAGCGCCGUCUCGCUCACCAGUCUACAGCUACCAUCAAAAGGACUUACUCACAAAGGAGGCAGAAUCAAGCAGCUAGAAAGAUACAACAGUUCAUGAGGCAAUCUAAAAUCAAUACUUGGGAAGAGUUCUCUACUAACAUUGCAGAACGCGCGAGCAGAAAACGGGAGGGUGGUCCUGCGAUCGCCGGAUGCCCACCAAAACUUUCUGCAGCACACCACCAGUAUACGCAUGCCCAAUAGGAAAGUGGACUAUUUGGCACCACGAUCGCCAAUGGAUGCCGACGACGACCUGCUACUUGAGCUUCUGUUUAAAAUGUGACCUGACAUACGAUACCGACACCUUGUGUUUCACUCUAAUUUCAAACUCAUGUACUUAGAUAUACAAGACAUUUUACAUUUAAACGGUAUUCGGACGACAUUUAGUUUAGUUAUUAAUCUAUUCCUUACUGCUUUCGUCAUUGAAAUGAUUUUAAUCAUCAACUGAAUCAAUUUGAAAACAGGUUUCUUCUCAGUGUUGUGAAAGACUUCAGGCCUUGUCUUUUGAAAUUUUAAAAUUAUCUUUUACAUCUGUAAUUGUAAAGAAGCUUAAGCUCUUUCAGCACCGUUCUAUCUCGUUUCCUUAAAUAUUUGUUGUUUAAUUGAAUAAGUUAGAGACAGUACUAGUAAUAAUGGAAUCUUUAUCUUUUCACAUCAUGUAAAAAGAAAAAGCAUUACUACUAACUUGCAUUACUACUGAUAGUUUCUAACUGCCAAGAAACCCAAUUUUCCUUAAAAUAAUGACUUGUUCAGAGUUUGGAUUUAAAAGUUUCGUUUCAUUUUAAACUCUUCAGGUCAUAGACAGGGUUAUAUUUAGUAUAAAUUUUAUCGUAUUUGUAUUAUAUUUUCAUAACGUAUUUUUGAGACAUUUGUUUAGGAAUCAUAUUUUUGAAAACUCUAAAUUGAUGUAAUAGGUUACUUAGGUCAUCAGUAUAUUGGCUAAUUUUUCAUAAAAAUUGGAAUCUACGUACUACGGUUAUGUUUUUAGUUUUCUGAAUGUUUUGUGCAAAUUGCACAAGUUUAUGAUAUGUUACAUUAUUGUUUAGUUUUUAUUUUAAAACUUCACAAUUUGCAUUAUCGACUCCAUUUUGAUAUAAUUCAUAGUGGAGUCCCAAUGUGUAGGCUAAGUACAAAUUCAAAUUAUUAAAAAGCCACUGUUCUUAUAUAGUAGUUGCACCUAGCGAAUAAUACAAUAAACCCGAUGAGCUGUGAGUAUUUUGAGAUUUUAUCGUAUUUAAGAAAAAUAAAAAAUAAUUAUGCAGUUAGUUUGACUAUUGGUCGAGUUACCCUAUAGGUUUCAUUCCAGCCUAAAUAGGUUAUAUCUCUUUUAGUCUACGCAGUUGCGCCUUAGACAUCAUCGAACACGAUCUAUGCAUUUUUAAAACAUUCCGAUAGAUUAGAUCUAACUUAUGAAAGCUUAACUUCGUCGAUAAAUUCACUGAGACCUACCAUAGCGUUAUUUUAAAUAUUGUGUUAUUCCUCUUGAAUUGUUGUUACUGAAACAGAAUAUUUUAAAUUCGUUAUGUUUGUCCAUUUCUCUAUCCCCAGUUCCUAAUAAAUAUUCUCUUCAUAGUUCUGAAGAAUCUUGAUCUUUCUACAAUAAGUUCAUUAGAUAGUCCUUGGUUUUAGAUCCUACUUAAAGCUAAACGCCAUAUUUAUCUAGCGUUCAUGAAAAAAUAAGGUUGUGCACCAUUUAAAUAUAGAAUAAACUACCUAAAUAUUCCCUUUUUUGAAUUCUCUGAUAUUUUAAUGUAGUACUAUAGUUUAGAUUAAGGUUUAGGAGUAACCAUAGCUUAGUCAUAAGUCGACGAGCGCCCGUCGAAAUAUUUUCGAUUCGUAUUUUUAUAAAGCAAAAGUUACGAACGACUAUGAUUGCUUUGCUUGUGCAGGGCCAUGGAUAAGACGAAUUCUGGGUUACGUUACAUUUUUCUUUUAAAUUCUAAAUUCUCUUAUUAGAUUCUGUUCAAAAUAUUCAAAUUAAAAAAGUUUACAUGAUUACUUUAAACUAUCUUUACCAUCUUUUUACUGUGACUUGUUAACUUCCUCGUCAGAUUGGAAUUAAUUUGAGAAUUAAUUAGGAGGCCCAGUGUUAACAGAAUUUCUAUCUUACUCUUGACAGUAUUGAAAUAUGUAGUCAUCCUUCACAUCUAACGUUUAAUAGACUUUCAGAUUAUAUUUUUCAAACUUGUUCGGAGUAAGUCAGUGAUUUCAUUUAAAUAAUAAUAAUGAAUGUCGCAGAAUGAGAAUAACCGUCCAGUUGAGGCGGCUUUUGCACCCUCUGGUAGCGUAAUGGCAAAAGUCGCAUUACGGCAAGAAGCGAAAACGACAUUGUUGGCAGUGAUAAUAGGGGCGCGAUUCGCUUGCAAGGUUUGGGGUACCCGAGGGCGCACGAAUAACGUGUAUAUUUUAUAUUUUUGGAUCGCUAAUUUUAAGAUGUUAUAUUUAUAUAUGUAUAUGUAGUAAUGGCGGAUACAAAACCAGUAUUUCGAAUAGUAUUGCGCCAAAAGUUUUGAUGUAUUAAUUUUCCAUAAAAGUUAUUCUCUCAUUAUGAUUUUCAACGGAUAAAUAGUUCGUUUAGCUAGUGGUCAUGCGUAUAUAUUUUUGGAUAGCGUGCACGAUUGCUUCAGGAGCGCCGAUAAUAUUAAUAGAAAAAGAGGGAAAAUAGACGAAAAAAAGUAUUUUUAACUUUAACGCAAACCUCUGAUAGCAAUAAUAUUUUUGUGGUGGAAUUAACUCGUGAUGUAGACAGAGACAGUAUUUUAUUAUCCACGCGAUCGUCACAAUACAGUUUAUAUAGAAUGCUUCUUAGUGCCGGCGUAAGCUGUGCUUCAUCAACGGUAUGUUUAUUAGUUUCAUUGUCAUUUAAAGCAAUAUUUCUAGCCUUAUUAUUAAACCCAAGUUUAAAGUGUUCAUUAGUAAAGACAUCAAGUAUUCAUUAACUUACAUAAAUAUAUAUGUGCGUUUUCAAUUAUAAUGUUUUUGUGUAUCACGUAUGUGUGCAUUCAUGCAUAGACAAUCGUGCAAAGAAAAUAAAUUAAAGUUAUUACACAUAUUUAGGUUCCGAACCCCAUUUUUACAUGGCGAUCCUGAUAAGACAGUCAUUUUACAUACACAUACACAAAUACACAACAAUAACUUGCUCAUAGAAAAGUUGAUGAAACACACUUACAACAAGCCUUAGUCAUUGACCACAGCUAAAACAUAGUGCACUAGAAGUAGACAUAGAUAAUAAAAAUUAUAACGUAUAUAUGAAAAAGAAAAAUCUUGGAAUCUAUACAUAGUAUUUAAAUUAAAAGUUUAAACUAAUACUUUUUAUUACUAAAUUAUAAUAAGCUUGUUCACACAUUUUAACUUCGUAUAUAGUUAGUAUUCUAAGAUUACGAUUCAUGAUAGAAGUGUUACUAAAGGUUUGAAAUGAGAGACUUAGUGAGACUACAGUUGGUUAUGUAUAACUUUUGUUCAGGGUGGGCCGUAGAUUUAGCUAUUAAAUUUAAACAGGUUUACCAAAGGCGCUUUACUUACCGACAUCAAUUUUUUUAUGAGAAUCCACAAGAUAUCAUAGUAUUUACCUGCAUACUAAAGAAGGACUUGUCAUUCUUGGAAAGAAUUAGAAUUAUUUAAAAUAAACCACUUUUAACCUAUUGAAAGAACUGUCGGAAAGAAGUGUUACCAAAGAAUGUUGAAAAACAAAAAACAUACUUGCAAUCAAAACGUGAUAUUUGUUGUUAAUAAAAUAUUCGUCAGUAUUUGCUUCAUAUUAAAAUAUAACCAGGUGUUUGUCUGAUACUAUAUCAGUUUUAUAUGUUUUAACGCCAUUUUAUGCAUAGAGAAAUUUCGCAUAAUUGCUGUCGCUAUUUCAUUUACUAAGAUGUGACGCUCCGCCAAAAAUAAAUUGCAUUUUUUUUUCAACACCAAUUUACAUCUGUUACUAAGAUCUAAUACUGCUGUGACUACUUAGUAUUUUCUUACAAUAGUGGGCCGACCUGGCAUAGAAGCGCAGCGUACAGAACACUUUGGAAAGACAUGAAAGAGGCAUAUGUCCAGCAGUGGACGUAAACAUGCUGAGAAGAAGAAGAAGAAGAAGUGACCAAAGAAUUAUAAAAAUCCAGAUAAAAAAGCAAUAAACCAUAUUUAUGAAUUAUAAGGGUGUCACACUGUUUGUUUUAGUCACUAUUGCCUAAAAUCCUUUUGUUGGUGAAGCGUCCAUCGUGCUUUCUGCUAAAAACGAGCCUGCCUAAAAAUGGGGCAUUUUCAAUAAAAAGGGACCUUAUUGUCGAUGGCGCUUACGCCGCACAGCGUCGCGCGGCAUUGUAUUUAUAUCGGAGCAUCCUUUGUAAUGGCGUAAGCGCCAUUAACAAUAAGGUCCCUUUUUAUAGAAAAUACCACAAAUAUAUUGCAUAUCACUUAGAUAAAUUAUAACUUAUUGAGAAAUUAUGACACUGCGUAUUACAAUUAGUUGUAAUUUUGUUUAUAAAAUGCUAGACCACUAAGUUUGUUUAAUAUUACUUAGCUUCUGAAAUACGGGUUGUAACGUAACUUUAAAAGCAAUUUUAGGAUAUUAGAACAAAAUUAUGUUAGGAAUUACCUAUUAUACUUUAAGUGAAUAGUUCUUAGGGGUUUUUAUAUUGGUAAACUGAAGCACAGCUUCUGUUAGUGUAUAUUUUUCAGAAUUAAUAUAAGUUAAAUUAUUCAUUACGCAAUUUUGACACAUUAAAGUUGGUUACAACCCUUCUAGUGUAGUGUUAUCGCUUGAAACAUUUUUUUAUAUUUUAUCAUGUAAUAUAUUUGAUAGCAAAUUUUAUGAUGAUGUUUUUUUAAAGUAAAGUUUGGUUACGCAUUAUGAAGCGUUUUAACUGUGCUUUUAUUUUUAAAAUAGCAAAUGUUGAAAUGAAAUAUACUAACGCAUAGAUAGUGUUAAUGUUGAAUGUAAGAAAAGAAAUAAUGAUGAAAUAUAUGCAGAAAUUGCGUUAGUUAAUGAUGGUUUUGAAGUAACGAAUUUGUGCGUUGGUAUAAUUUGAUUUAAUGAUAGCAAAUGUAAGUAAAAUGUAACUGCCAGUUUCAAGGUUUCUAAAACACCAAGUAUGAAUGAAUCUCUUUAUAGAGAUUGUGAAUUGUCCAAAUUGAAUGAUUAAAUUAAAUUGUUUCUCUUGAUAUAAAAGUGUGGAAGGUUUAGGAAUGUCUAAGAACGCUUUUUGGCAGACUUCUAUUUCUAUAAAAUGUUUGGAGAGAUUGUAUUGAACUUAGACAUUUUCUUUUGAAAAUAUUAAUGAUAGCAGUUUUACUCACACUCCUAAUAUCUCGUUAAUGAAAGAAACGUAAUUUCAGCUGAGCUAUUUAUUUUAGCUCUUUUAGUAUGCUCGUAUAAUCUAGUGUCAAUUAUUUAUAUCAGAUUUGGGCUUGCUGAAUUGACUUCUUCUUCGAUAUAUAUAUCGGGACUUUGAUAAAAUGUAGCAUUAAAUUCGGCAUCGUAAUAGCAACGUCAAAGAUUAUGCUGAGAAUUACCUAUAUCAGUAAAUAAAAUUAGAUUCAAAUACACGUGUUUUGAUUAUUACAAGUAUAGCUUGGAAUUGAUAUAUGUAUAUUAUACAUUUGCGUUAUUAUUCAAAGAGCUUUUUGGUGAGCAUAAAGAAAGUAUUAAAGUUUGGCAAUAUUUUCGUGCCAAUUAUGUCUUGCAGUAUAAGAUGGACGAAUAAUGGGAUGAUUAUUGAGAAAAGGCAGAUCAUUUGGGCUCUUUAAAUAUGAUGCUACAUUACGUUUAAGCGAAUUCGGCAAGCAUUUAUUUUAAUUUUCCUAUAGAUAUCAUCACCAGUUUUCUUCAUGUAGUUGCAAAACAUAUUUUAUAUACAGUAUAGAUACCUUAAUUCUUGGCAAAAAUAUUAUCAUUUUUGCAAAGUGUUACUUGUGACGACAAAAUUUCGCUGUUAAGACAAUAUCUUUAAAAUUUUGCUAAGAAAGUCGUGCCAUAGUAAUUAAAAUCUCUCUGAUCCUGUCAAUCAUUUCUAGGCAUCCUAAGUUCGAUUGUGAUCACAAACAAGCAAUUAGAGUUACCAAAUAUGAACUUUAAGUCACUGUAUAUAGGGAUGAUAUUUGUUUGUUUUAGUUACUGCUGUUGUUACACUGCUAUAUGAGAAUUUAUUAUUAUUGGAAGGUUGAGAGUUUGAGACGUUGAUCUGGGAUGAAGUGUACUUUGAUCAAAAAUAAUCUUCCUUUGUAAUUAUUAUAAUCUAUAAACACUACGAAAUUGUGAUUCAAAGCAAUUUAAAAUAUUACUGCUGAUUAUA